AUGUCUUGCUCACUAUUUUCGACAUCGAGAUAUUAUGGAAAGAAGAUCGACUUCACCCAGAGGCAAGAGGACGUGACGCCCCACGAAGAAUCCUCGGAAGAGACUCCACAGCAGUCGAAACGGAAAGCUGCACGAAAAAAUGCAACCAAGACGUCCUCUCUACGGAGUGUCGCAGUGGAGGCGCAGAGAUCUCGAGCCUUUGUAAAGUCAAGAGGAAAAACACGCUUCGUAGACCCAGAUGCCGAGACCAAGACAGUAAGCGCAUAUUGUGCUGCCGAGAUAUAUGAUAUCUCGGUGGCCAGCCGCCUCGUCAAAGCCCAAGGCUACGAGCUCGAUCCCUUUCAGACUGGUCUCUACCCCCAAGUCAUACAUGUGCAGACAUCGGAGCGACCAUCUGAGGUCAAGGACUUCCAGCAGGGCGACAUCUUCAUCUUCCCCUCUGGCACUGUAGUAACUUGGAACGUCCGGGAAAGAGAAGCCCUGAAGCUAGUCAACCAAGUCCUCCCCGCCGCAGCCGAAGGCUCGCAUCUCGACCUCCUAGAAACCGAAGAUCUGGACUAUCUUGAGGACCCCAGCAAAGAAGCCAGUGAAGUAGUCGGUGACACCAUUGUGCUAGGCACAAAGGCAGAACCACCAUCCGACAUCAUCUCACUCAACUCCUCGGACGAAAAUCAUCUCACAAGCGAACAACGCCAUGAAGUAGACACCGUCCUCGCCAAGAUAGCCUUCUCUUCCGGCCUCGCCCGCUCUACCAAACUGGCCGUCUUGGAAACCUUGCUAUCUGCAUACCAGCACUCCACCCGCGAUAUCCCCACCAUGCUCGCCGCAUCCAAGCCCUUCUCACCCCGCCGCAGCGCCCCCUUCACUCGCUCCUUCAUCCUCCGCAAGACUGGCGAACUGCUCUCCCUACGAGCCCAAUUGAACCUCUACUCUGAGCUCACAGACUCCAUGCCCGACAUCUUCUGGGAUUCGCGGCACGAGCUCGGGCUAGGCGAGUACUACGACCAGGUUGGGCGUGCGCUGGAUGUGGGUGUUAGGAUCAAAGUGUUGAACGAGAAGAUUGGGUUUGCACAGGAGAUUGCUAGUGUGUUGAGAGAGCAGUUGAGUGAGAAGCACGGGCUGAGGCUUGAGUGGGCCAUCAUUGCGCUUAUUGCUGUCGAGGUGGUGUUGGAGUUUUACAGGCACUGGGACGAGCGGAAAGAUAGGGAUGAUCCCGCGAGUACUGAAGCUUUGCUCCGAAAAUAUCUGGAGAAGCUGGUGGAUGAGAAGGAAGUCACGCCGACCCGAUGA